AGCAACUUCCUUUUUUUCCCUUUCUUCAUUAUUGGAAUACAAACAGUUUAGUCUUCUUCAUUUCACAAAACAGCAUUACUCAGAUCUCAACUCAUAUGGGGGAAGUGGCAGUGUCAUUAGUUAUGUAUAUUUUUAUAUAACAAGAUGAGGUACUUGUUUGUUACCUUAUCCACAAGACAUGGUUUAUAGAUUCCCAUUUAUUCAUGAUAGUAAUACAAACUUUGUAGUAGUACGUAUAUCUUCAUCUCACAAAACAGCAUUACUCAGAUCUCAACUCAUAUGGGGGAAGUGGCAGUGUCAUUAGUUAUGUAUAUUUUUAUAUAACAAGAUGAGGUACUUGUUUGUUACCUUAUCCACAAGACAUGGUUUAUAGAUUCCCAUUUAUUCAUGAUAGUAAUACAAACUUUGUAGUAGUACGUAUAUCUUCAUCUCACAAAACAGCAUUACUCAGAUCUCAACUCAUAUGGCGGAAAUCGCUGUGUCAUUAGUUAUUGACCAACUACUUCCACUCUUAACGAAAGAAGUCAAGCUGUUGAGAGGUAUUCACAAGGAGUUUGCAGAUAUUAAAGAUGAACUUGAAUGUAUUCAAGCAUUCCUUAAGGAUGCUGACAAAAGAGCUUCAACAGCUGAAGGAGUCAAAACAUGGGUGAAGCAAGUCAGGGAAGCAGCUUUUCGCAUUGAAGAUGUCAUUGAUGAGUAUAUGAUCCAGCUGAAGGUGGAACAACAACCUCGAUGUGUACCUAUAUUCCAAAAGAUUGCUCACUUACUCAAGACAAUUAUCCCUCGCCAUCAAAUACCGUCCGAGAUUCAAGACAUUAAGUUAUCUAUUCGUGAGAUCAAGGAAAGAAGUGAAAGAUAUGGCUUCCAACGUUCUCUUGAUCAAGGAUCAAGCAGUUAUAGAAGAAGUCCGAGUGCCAAAUGGCAUGACCCUCGAUUGGGUUCUCUUUACAUUGAAGAAUCUGAAUUUGUGGGCUUUGAAGAGCCAAGGAAAAGAUUGGUUGAUUGGAUGGUAAAGGGAAGGGGUGAGCGCACUGUAGUUUCUGUGGUAGGAAUGGGAGGCCAAGGAAAAACCACUCUUGCCAAAAAAGUUUAUGACAGCCAAGAUGUCGUCAGACACUUUGGUUGUCGUAUAUUGAUCACAGUCUCUCAAUCAUAUAAUGCUGAAGACUUGUUGAGGGAGAUGCUGAAAAAGUUCUGCAAAGAAAAAGGAGACAAUUCUCCUAGGGAUAUAUCUCAAAUGGAUCGAGCGUCAUUGACCGAUGAAGUGCGAAACUACCUGCAGCAAAAGAGGUAUGUUGUCAUGUUUGAUGAUGUUUGGGAUGUACAUUUUUGGGAUGCUAUUGAAUUUGCUGCAAUUGAUAAUAAAAGAGGAAGUAGGAUAUUUAUCACAACAAGAAACCUAGAUGUUGCGAUGUCUUGUAAAAAAUCUUCUUUUGUUGAAUUGCUUGAGUUGCAACCUUUAACUCAUGAACAAUCUUUGGAGUUGUUCAAUAAGAAGGCAUUCCAAUUUGACGAUGGUGGGCGUUGUCCAGAAGAGCUCAGUGAUAUUGCUAAUGAAAUUGUUCAAAAAUGCAAGGGGUUACCACUAGCAAUUGUUGCCAUUGGUGGUCUUCUGUCUACAAGAGACAAAAAUGUGGCUGAGUGGCAGAGAUUUAGAGAAAACCUAAGUUUCGAGCUAAAGAAAGAUACACAUUUAAUUGGGAUAAAAGAAAUUUUAGGUUUAAGUUAUGAUGAUUUGCCUUAUUAUCUCAAGCCAUGCUUGUUGUAUUUUGGAAUAUUUCCUGAAGAUUAUAUUGUUAGAUCAAAAAGUGUGAUUCGACAAUGGAUAGCUGAAGGGUUUGUGAAGGAGGAAAGUGGGAAGACUUUGGAAGAAGUUGCACAGGGGUAUUUAACAGAGUUGGUCCAUAGAAGCUUGGUGCAAGUAUCCUCGCUUAGAAUUGAUGGUAAGGUUAAACGUUGUCGUGUUCAUGAUCUAAUACACGAUAUGAUCCUUGAAAAAAAUGAGGAUUUAAACUUUUGCAAGCAUAUUAGUGAUGAUGGACAGUCAAACUUAAGUGGAAUUGUUCGACGCUUAUCAGUGACUUCCGAAUUAAGAGCGGGUCUUGAUGAUUUAAAUUUGGAUAUUGAAAGGUCGCACGUUCGGUCAUUGUUUUUUAAAAAAAAUGGUGCAUUAUCAGAUUCCACGGAUAUUCGGAUGAUCCCUACAAAAUUCAGGUUGUUGAAGGUUCUUGAUCAUGAAGGUAUGCUAUAUCACGGUCCUUUUCUUGAGUUUGGAAAUUUGAUCCAUUUGAAGUAUUUACACCUCGGAUUAAGAAUGCUUAGAAAACUUUCAAAAUCCAUUGGCAUGCUCCAGAACCUAGAGACCUUAGAAAUAAGAGAUCCAGGUAGCAUAAAUCCCCUUGUUUUGCCAAAAGAGAUUAGCCAGCUUAGAAAGCUAAGACAUCUUAUUGGCCAUAAGAUGUCUCUGACUGAACUAAAGAAUGGUAUUGGAGAGAUGACUUCUCUACAAACGCUACGAAAUGUUAUUAUAGAUAUUAGAGCAGAAGAAGCAAUUAAAGAGUUAGGAAAGCUGAAACAGAUGAGGGAUUUGGGAUUGCUUAAUGAUUAUGCAGACGAUGAAAACAUACUAUCUUCUUCAAUCAAUGAAAUGCGGCACUUGGAGAAACUAUAUGUUUUAUCAUAUUCUGGUAAUCUCAAUUAUUUGGAUUUGAUUUCUCCGCCAACUAUGCUUCAAAAAGUUACACUAGAAGGGUGUUUACAGAAGUUGCCAGAGAGGAUUCCAGAGCUUCAAAAUUUGGUUGUGUUGAAGCUGAGGAGGUCCUUACUGUUUAAAGAUCCAACGCAAUCCCUAAAACGUUUGCAGCACUUGUUGUCCCUCUCUUUAGUCAGUAAUGCUUAUGUAGGUGUAUGUUUGCAUUUUGAAGAUGGAGGGUUUCAGAAACUAAAGGAACUGUAUCUUGAAGAACUACCUUAUUUGAGAGAUAUUAUUAUCGACAAAGGAGCACUUCCUUCUCUGAAAAAGCUUCGGUUAUGCAAACUCAGCGGACUUGAGAAUUUACCGAAAGGAAUCCUACACCUAGAGAAGCUUGAAGUUCUCAAUAUUCAAAACAAUAGAUAUGAUGGUGAGCGGAAAACUUAUACUGAGGAUUUGAGUUGGAUCACAGAGCAGAUGCCCACUGUUAAAAUCAAUGAUUAUGCUACUUAAGUCCAAGGUGUUGGCCUUCAAUUUCAAAUGCAAUGGUGAUUAGGACUCUCCAGAGACUUUUACUGCAACAUUUUGGGACUUAUGUUCCUUAAUAAUAUUAAUGAUAAUUGAGUUGUUUGUGUAUUGUAAUUGUUACUUUCCAGCAUUUUAAGACCUUAUUUUUCGGUUGAUUUCCUUUCUUCAUUUCUGCUUUCAUCUAUGGUGUAUAAUGAUUGUUGCGAGAUAUUUUGCUUCUGGUUUAA